UUGAUUCUAGCCUAGGCAUUGAGAAAAUACAGGUCACCUCAGUCGAUGGGAAUUCCUUUGCAUAUGACUGUAUUCCAGUUCCAGUUCCAGUUCCUGUUACAAAACGAAACAUUGUUAAGGGCUGGAUUUAUGCAGCUGGAGAAUUCUUUUCUGUUACUUUUCCUCUUACCAACAUACAAUCUGCAUCCCUUUUGGAUUUACUUCCCACUUAUAAAGGACUGCAGCCUCCAGGGAUCACAGAGCACAGAUGAUUCAGUAUCCAGCAGAGGUGGAAUGGAGGAUUAACCGAGAAGACCCCAUAAAAGUAUACAUGGAUUAUUAAGCAGAUGUUUCCCUGUCCCUGAGAUGGAAGUGCCAAGCAUCAAGGACUUUCAGUGGAAAACUCUAGCACCUUUGCCCAGUCCAAGAGUCUAUUCUUCCCUGGUAGAGGCUGGUGGACAGGUGUUUGCUAUCGGGGGCUGUGAUGACAAUGGUGCCCCAAUGGAUUGCUUUGAAGUGUACUCCCCAGAAGCAAAUCAAUGGAAUUCUCUGCCUCCAAUGCCUACAGCCAGGGCUGGGGUCGCAGUAGCUACACUGGGCAAGAGGAUAAUGGUGAUUGGAGGUGUUGGAGCCCACCAGAUGCCUUUGAAGAUUGUGGAGAUGUACAACAUAGAUGAGGGCAAGUGGAAGAAAAGAAACUCUUUAAGAGAAGCCUCAAUGGGCAUCUCUGUGACAGUAAAAGACUACCGAAUCUACGCAGCUGGUGGAAUGGGAGCAGAUCUACGUCCUCACAAUUAUAUGCAACAUUAUGAUAUGCUUAAGGACAUUUGGGUGUCCUUGGCAACCAUGCCAACACCCAGGUAUGCUGCCACCUCCUUUCUGCGGGGCACCAAGAUCUAUGUUCUGGGUGGAAGGCAGUCCAAAUAUGCUGUGAAUGCCUUUGAAGUCUUUGACACUGAGACCAGAUCUUGGACCAAAUUCCCCAAUAUUCCCAGCAAAAGGGCUUUCUCCACCUUUGUUUGCACAGAGAACAACAUCUUUAGCCUUGGGGGAUUGCGGCAAGGCAGAUUGUACCGUCAGCCCAAGUUUAUGAAAAAUGUGGACAUCUUUGAUAUUGAGCAAGGGGGCUGGAUGAAGAUUGAACGCUCAUUUUUUCUGAAGAAACGACGGGCAGAUUUCAUUGCUGGCUAUUUAAAAGGAAGAAUGGUUGUUGCAGGAGGACUAGCAGGAAACCAACCAACUGUUCUGGAAUCAGCUGAGGCCUUUCAUCCUGGAAAGAAUAAAUGGGAAAGUCUACCACCUAUGCCUACUCCACGAUGUGCUUGCUCCAACAUUGUGGUAAAAAACUGUCUUCUAGCAGUAGGUGGAGUGAAUCAGGGUUUGAGUGAUGCAGUAGAAGCAUUGUGUGUCUCUGAUUCCUAGCUGGCAUGUCACCGGAUGCUCGCCAUUCAAAGUGAUCUACAGAUCUACAGUAGCUGUGCAGCUGUUAAAGCUGGGCUAGUGUCCUCCAUAUGUGAAGAGUAGACACUUUUUCUUCACCAUCUCUUGCACUGCCUUGCUUUCCUCUAAUUCCGUUCAUAGUGUCCUUUGGAGAAAACAAAUUCUUGCUCCAUGUAACUACACAGUUUUGUGGCUCUGUCUGCUAGCAGAAGCUCUUUCCUAUGAGGAUGUCACCUUUGCAAGCAUUAUGGAGCACCGUCGACUCAUGAAUUUAUAGUGCACUCCCCCUGUCAACUCUGAAUGGCUGAAAAUCAUGCCAGUUUUGUAAUGGAGCAGUCAAGGUUCAUAGCCUGACAGGAAGCUUCAUCCCAGAAUGAGGAAGCGUAUCAUAUCUAGGACUGUGAGAAGAUUUUGCCUUCCUCUGAAAUACCAUGUUCUAGUCACAGCUAUUGAACAAAAUCAUAAGAUUCUUUGCUGGGCUUUUCCAAGUAUUUCUUGAAGAGUAACAAUGGGAACAAAGGAGGGAAUCUCACAGAUCUAGAGUGCAGUGUGCCCCAGCACUCCUGAGCUCUUUGAAAUAUUGCCAUUAUGAUCAUGAACUUAAUGUUUUUCUCUGGGAAUCUUGAGGAGUUCAUAGUCUCCAAAGUUCCCUACUGUGAUAUUGGACUUACAGGAGUUCAAAGCAUCCUGCAUGAAUGUCUUCCUAAUCAUGCAGCUUAUGAUGGUGAAGUCACCUCAAUCUGUGUGAGAGCAACCAACACAAUAUCUUAACAGUUCCUAUAAUUAAAAUAGCAUACUGCUUUGGCCAAAGGCCUGAAAACAAAAUGUUAUAGCUGAAGAAUCAAUUUAAGGAGAAGGAUGCCUCCAUACGAGAACCAAAAUUUCACUCCCUGCAAUGCUUGCUCGCUCGCUCCUCCCUCCCUCCCUCCCCUUUGCAUGUGUGUGUGUGUCUCUCUCACACACACGUUCUUCAGAUCCAGAGUUUGGUUCCAUUCAAGUCACACAAAGUGUGACUGAAUUUAAUAUAGCUGCUGUCUGAGUAGCAGUGAAGUUAUGGGCUUGGCUUGUAACAGCUUUCACAUAUCCCAUGGCAACAGCAACGUUUGGGUGCAAUCUUGCCUGCCUUUUAAAAAAAAUCUGUUUCAUAUAUUGUUUAUUUAUCUUCAUUAACCUGCAGGCUGAAAUUGUCAGUUUCAUCCAAGUGACAUAAUUGAUCAGUUCUGGUUAGUUAUUAAUAAGUAACACAAUUAAAAUCUAUGUUCAUAUUGUAACUUGAGUAGUUCCUAUGGGCAGUUAGUGUGCUGUUCUUCUAGAGGGAAAAGAGAGAGCCUGAAGCUUACAAGAAUACUGUUCCUAGUGUUGAUUUAGCUACUGUAGAGCAUGGAUGGGCCAAUAUAGUCACUAGGAACUGAGCAUGACUCAAGAAAGAUUUUACUUUUCCUCUUUUUAAUGGGUAUGCGUGUUGUCGUGGAAAGGAUGUCCCAUUCUCAGAUAAGCCAACACGAAGACAGAAAUAUCAGCAUCUUUCAGCCAGCUGUUUUGUUCUCCUUAGGGCACUGGCUUCUUAAUUAUGAUAGUAGCUUGGUAAGCACUCUUUUGCUUUUUAAAUUUCACAGGAUUGUUUUUUUAAUUCUACCCAUCAACACAACUCUCUCCAGGGUGGUGCUCUGGAAAGCACUGUUUCCACCAGUAACUAAAUUAGCCAGACAGUAAAAACUGACUACAAAAUAAAAAGCACACAGAAAUAAAACCACAAGCAGAAAUUCUUGCAUGAAAUCAAUACUUAUGAAGAGACUAUUAAAAAGGUCUUAGAAAAAGAAAAGAUCUUUGAAUGGUAUCAAAAACAGAAACAUUGGGGUGCUGGGUAAAUUUGUCUUGGAAGAGCAUCCCAAGGGAGAGAGAGAGACUAGGGACUUUCAGAAGAGAUUAUCUCUGUGCUCAGACAGGCUCAAGUGGGAUUAGAUAAUUCUUCAAAUACUUGGGUUUGAAGCAAUGCAGGUUGUUAAAAAUAAGCAUCAGGUUUUGAAUUAUGCUGGACUGAAACUAUGAUUUUUUAAUGCAUUUAUUGUUUUGAAUGUACGCCCCACUUUCUGUUAUGCUAACACUCAAGGCAAAAGCCUUGGAAAGCACUAUUUCCAUCGGGUAACUAAAUUAGCCAGUCUAACAAUUAACAACUAGCCGCUUUGAGAGGCUUAAAAAGCAGCGUUAUAUAUAUUUCAAUGUCAUUCUGGAGAAAACUUCGGUUAUGCCUGGCUGAUAUAAGCAGUUUGUGCAGCUUUGUGACACAAGAUACUUUCUAGGCAUAUUACAUAAAAUUUGCAAAUUAGCAAGAGAUGAGAGCACAUCAUAAUUUUUGGCUUUAAAAAAAUUGGAAGCUUGUCCUUUUUUUCCUGUGUUAUAAAGAUGUUCCUUGAGAGUGUACAGAAAACAAAACUAGAUUUUAAAAAAUCCAUGUUACAGUCCAACUCUGUUCCAGCAAAACUGGCUUGGUUUUAUAUGCAUAAUUAAAUGUAAGCUUAAAUUUACCCUUACUGGAAGAAAUGGGGCUUAAACUUGCUUACUUUAUCUGGUUUGUGGAUAGAGUAUAAAAUGGG